AUGAGAAACACUAAAGCAGGCAUUACGCACGAGUCCAGCGUGUCAGCACCUUCCUCCGCAUUAGCCUCUGAUGCUACUGCUAGCUUACUCUCUUACUGUCCCUGUGUGGUUGCUUCCUUUUCAGGCAUAAAGAAUCCUUAUUGGCGCCACAAGGGCUUCUGGGAAUGGCGGCGGCGGGAGAUUACCGCUCUGAACAGGAGAAUGCGAAAGAGGAAGCACAUCUUCCCCCGUAGAGACACCCUGUACCUUCCUUCUAGCCACCCCUUCCUUAGUGCCUGUUCCUCGCCGAUUCUGGUGGAAGAGGAGGCACGCCACUUGUUUGGAUCCAUAGAAAUCGGAGGUGAAGAAUCCAAUGAGGCGAAUGGAUUGGCGAAAGGACGCAGAAAAGGAGAGAUCGCUAAACUGCGCAGAAAGCCUGGGGGCUUCUUGCACGACGGUGACAGGAACAAGUCCUAUACGGAAGACAUGCGAUAUCUAUCUCCUCCUCGGAAAGGAGAAGGCAGAGUGUGGGUGGCGAAGAGGCGAGAUAUUCCAAUGGGAAAGAAGAGGCUGUUGUUGCUGCUGCGCUUAAUCAAGGGUUUGCAGCUCACCGAUGCCAUUGACUGGCUGCAGGCCUUAGCCCUGCACAGAAGCAAUCCUCUCAUCAACGUGCUGCUGAAGCAGCAACGUCAAAUCGUAGAAGAAGGAGCCGAUGCCUCUCGGGUGUAUGUUCAGAGCUAUAUCAUUGGGCCAGCAGGACACAUCAAGACCCUGAGGGUGGGCCACAGCUAUCGCGUUUCCUUUUUAAAGUCUUACCGGUACUCUCUUUCGCUCCUUCUGCGAGAGUUACCUCUUCAUGAACUAUUCCACAAGACUUUUAUUUUGAAGCAGCCACCCCGCUGCCUGACUAGUGACAUGAGGCUUGCACUGAGGCAGCAGCAACUGCCGCUAGAAGCGGUCAGAGACUGGGUUCCCUAUUUGGACGCCCCGACGAGAUAUUCGCACAAACGCCGGUUAAGAGCAUUGAAUCGACAGCGUCUCUUGAAUUAUUUUUUGGCGCGCCGAGCUUUUGUGUGUACUUACACUUCAAGAAUUCGUAGGAUGAAUGAAGAAGCAGCAGAGGCUCGUGGGAUAUCUUUUGAGCGCCUGCAGAGAAGCUUGGGACAGAGAAACCAAAUAAAAGGGAUUGAUAUUCCGGAUAACUAA